ACCGCUCUCCUUCCCGCAGUGGACGGCUGAGCUGUUCAUGCAACGCGCGCAGAGUUUCCUUGGUGAAGGACCGUUCGCCUUCCGCGUCGAAGUGCAGGAUGUUCAAGACGACUUGGUGGGUGUUCAGCGUGGCCGGGUUGUGCAGAGGCGGUCCGGUCCAGUGGCCUUCCAUGUUCUCAUGCAUGAUCAGACCCGGCAUGUCGGGCGCGGUGGGUUGGAUGUCCGGAGGGCCAAAGGCGCCUGCCUCAGCGAGUCGGGUGAUGAGAUCGGGCUCACUGCUCGCUUCCGACUGUUCUUCUUCCAUGUUGUCGUUGUUGUUGUUCAUGGUUCUUGAGUGGAGUAUGAGAUAGUGGAUCUUGGAGAGAUGUGGUUACGAUGGGACGGAGACAGGGUUGCUGUGAACAGAAAACAGGUUCUCACAAGCGUAGCAGCUGAUAGGAUAA